UUUGGGGCGGAGGCUCUUGAGCACGUGAUACCUCCCAUUUCCACGAUCCUCUCAGCUCUCGCGCAACCAACGGCCAUUUUACAAAGCCAGCUUGGAGAGCCGGUUAUCCACUUCUCGUCGGCAUCUAAUCGUUAGUUUUGAAUAUAGUGCGCUAUUUAGCCUAAUCUAUUACUCUCGAAAGUUUUUUUAACGGUUUUUCCUUCCCGCUUGUGAGAAAAUGUCUCGUGACCGCUCCCGUAACCGUGGAGGAUUCCAGUACCGAGGCCGCGGAGGAAUGGGAAUGGGAAUGCGUGGUGGGAUGGGAAACCCUAACUUUCGAAAUCAAAACCAGUAUCCUUAUCAAAACCGAGGACACCAUAUGGGUGGUGGGUUUAAGCCGAAUCAGGGAAACCAGCCCAACCAGGCCCCUAUAACACAGAAGCCACAGGAAUCCAAUCAGAACAAGCCAGUAGUCCAGUCACCUCCGGCGCAAGGCCCUGGUCUGGCCCAGCAAAGCAACAACAAAGGCCCUUCUCCUCAACAGACCGCCAUCGCCGCUCCGCCGAAGGUCCAGGCUCCGCCGCAGAUUCAGUCUCCACCACCACAGAAGAUCCAGUCUCCACCGCCACAGAAGAUCCAGUCUCCACCGCCACAGAAGAUCCAGUCUCCACCGCCACAGAAGAUCCAGCCUCCACCGCCACAGAAGACCCAGCCUCCACCACAGAUCCAGGCUCCACCGCCACAGAAUAACGCGAAAACCCCAGGUAUCGGUUCCCAACAGAACCAGAUCAGAAAGAACCAACCUAAAGUUGGGUUGGGGAAUGGUCAAAAACAGCCUGUUCCCAUGAAGAAAGAACCGGAAAACAUGCAACAACAGAGUACCACGAGCACCGACGGCUCUCAGCCUCAGGAAUUGAAGGCAACCCUGUCUUUGCUGCGCAAGCCUGGGGAGAAAACCUACACUCAACGUUGCCGUCUGUUUAUUGGGAACCUACCGAACGACAUCAGUGAAGCCGAAUUCAGGAAAUUGUUUGCAAAGUAUGGGGAACCCAGUGAGAUUUUCAUCAAUCAAAGCAAAGGUUUUGGAUUCAUCAGGCUGGAAUCCCGUGCUUUGGCAGAGGUUGCAAAAGCUGAGCUGGAUGAUAUUCCGAUGAAAGGCAGGCCUCUCAGAGUUCGUUUCGCCACUCAUUCUGCUGCACUUUCUGUGCGCAACUUAUCUCCAUUUGUGUCCAAUGAGCUGCUGGAGGAGGCCUUCUCUCAGUUUGGAGUGGUGGAGAGGGCUGUAGUUAUCGUAGAUGACCGUGGCCGCUCCACAGGGAAGGGCAUUGUUGAGUUUUCUUCCAAACCAGCUGCACGGAAAGCUAUUGAUCGUAUCAGUGAUGGAGUGUUCCUUCUCACGUCGUCACCCCGUCCGAUUGUGGUUGAAUUGUUAGAGCAGUAUGAUGAUGAGGAUGGUUUGCCAGAGAAACUUGCACAGAAGAACCCCAGUUAUCAGAAAGAGCGAGAUCAACCUCCUCGGUUUGCACGUCCUGGCACCUUUGAGUUUGAAUACUCCCAGCGAUGGAAGUCCCUAGAUGAGAUGGAGAAACAACAGAGGCAGCAAGUGGAAAAAAACAUACGUGAGGCCCGUGAAAAGCUGGAAGGGGAGAUGGAAGAUGCCUAUCAUGAGCAUCAAGCGAACAUGCUCAGACAGGACCUUCUUAGACGUCAGGAGGAACUUCGUCGGAUGGAAGAAAUGCACAGUCAGGAGAUGCAGAAACGUAAAGAGAUGCAACUCAGGCAGGAAGAGGAACGCCGUAGGAGAGAGGAGGAGAUGAUGCGGCAGAGGGAACUUGAAGAACAGAUGAGGCGUAAACGUGAGGAAUCUUACAGAAUGGGUGGCUUCAUGGAUAAUAGAGAAAGGGAGAUGAGAAUGAAUUCUAGUGGAGGCCUGGGGUUGACUGAUAUGUCAUUUGGGUCGCCUGGCCAGAAGUUCCCAUUGACAGGAAUGAAAUUUGAAGGGCAUCAAGGAAUGGGUGGAUCCACACCAGGGAGCAUGGCGUCCAACGAAAUGCGCAAUGAGCGUUUCCCACAAGGUGGGCCCGGUGGUCCAAGGGGCAUGGGUGCUGGAAACCCAGGAUUUGGCAGGGUCCGUGAGGAAUAUGAUGGAGCUGCCAAGAAGCCUCGCUUCUGAUCUGGCACUUUAAAAGCAAAGUUUGUGUAUGGAAUUCCAGAGGCUCAGUUCUGGAGUCACAAUUGAUGUAUUUAAGUUUGAAGAAUUUUCUUGCAAUUUUAGCCUGAAAACUCAUCCCAUUUGUGGCAAGAUCUUUUUCGUCCUAUUUUUAUUUUGUAUUCUUAAUAGGUUUAAUAAAACCAUUGAGGUCAGCGCUGGCUUAGUGCUGCUAACAUGUAAUCCACUUUCUAAUUAGUCUUUAUCUUGUCAUGUUACUUGUGUUAUGCUGGUGAAUAUUGUAAAUUUGUUCUGAUCUUUCUAUGGCUGUGUUCUGUGCCAUUCACAUUUAAAAUAAUACAUGUACAUUUUCAAUAAAGAGUGCAGUUGGUUCUCCCAAACCCCA